AUGCCCAACACAAGUAGCUACAACACUGGCCCCUUCACCCUUUCAGGCAUCCCUGGACUUGAGCAGUACCAUGUCUGGAUCAGCAUCCCUUUCUGCUUUAUCUAUUUGGUGGCCAUCAUGGGCAACAGCAUCCUUCUCUACCUCAUCGCAGUGGAAAACAGUCUGCAUUCCCCCAUGUUCUUCUUCCUUUCCAUGUUGGCCAUGACUGACCUCAUAUUGUCUACCACCUGUGUCCCCAAGACCCUUAGCAUCUUCUGGUUUGGCCCUCAGGAAAUCAGUUUUCCUGGCUGUCUGACCCAGUUGUUCUUCCUGCAUUACAGCUUCGUCUUGGACUCAGCUAUCUUGCUGGCUAUGUGCAUAUCACCCUUGAGAUAUACCACUAUUCUUACACCCAAAGCUAUUGUCAAAAUUGCUGUAGGAAUCUCUUUCCGAAGUUUCUGUGUUUUUGUCCCAUGUGUUUUCCUUGUGAACCGCCUACCCUUCUGCAGGACACACAUCAUUGCCCAUACCUACUGCGAGCACAUCGGUGUUGCCCGUCUGGCAUGUGCAGAUAUCUCCAUCAACAUCUGGUAUGGAUUUUGUGUUCCUAUCAUGACAGUGAUUAUAGAUGUGGUCCUUAUAGCCGUCUCCUACACUCUCAUCCUAUGUGCUGUUUUUCGUCUUCCCUCCCGAGACGCACGCCAGAAGGCCCUGGGCACCUGUGGUUCUCAUGUCUGUGUCAUCCUCAUGUUCUAUAUACCAGCAUUCUUCUCCAUCCUUGCUCAUCGCUUUGGGCACAAUGUCCCUCGCACUUUUCACAUCAUGUUUGCCAACCUAUAUGUAAUUAUCCCACCUGCGCUCAACCCUAUUGUCUAUGGAGUGAAGACCAAGCAGAUACGGGAUAAAGCCAUUCUUCUGCUCUUUCCCAAAUCGUCCCAGUGA